AUGUAUUUUGUUGUGAUGUCAAUACUAACAGGUCUAUAUAAACCAACAUCAGGUACAGCGUUUGUCUACGGCAUGGACAUUCGUACGCAUAUGGCGGCCAUUCGAGACUGUUUGGGAAUGUGUCCACAACAUAAUGUUCUCUUUGAUAAGUUGAAUGUGGAAGAGCAACUGAAAUUCUACGGUGGUCUGAAAGGUUUACGUGGUGAUGUGCUUGACGCAGAAGUGCAAUCGAUGCUUGCCGAUAUUGGUCUGGAAUCGAAACGUGAUCAAAUAGCUAGUGAUCUAUCGGGUAUGUUUGUUAGGAGUGGAAUGAAACGCAAACUAUGCAUUGGAAUUGCUCUAAUGGGUGGAUCAAAAUUGGUGAUUCUGGAUGAGCCAACGGCUGGAAUUGAUGCACAUGCGAGACGUUCAAUAUGGCACCUGCUUCUGAAGCAUAAACAAGGUGCGACUGAAAAUGUUCUUUGA